CCGCGGCGGCCAAGGUGAGCAAAGAGUACUAGUAUGUUAAGAUUUCCGGCACUGGAAGUGGUCAGCUAAACUUGCCAAUGGGUACUAGUAAUAUUGGGAUACGUUAAAUAUACGAAUUUGGUUUUCUUUGCAUCCGUGGUGUCGUCCAGUGGAGAGAUGCCUUCUGGGUAAUGUACAGCUGAUGUGUUGGUUGUUGUAGAAAUUAUGAACGCCGCUAGAAGGCGCACUCACAACAUGCAGCAUCCCUGCGUAUUUUACGUGUGUCCGCGACGCCCAAGGCGAGCAAAGAGUAUGUAAAGAUUUUCGGCACUGGAAGUGGUCAGCUAAACUUGCCAACGGCGCUAGGGGUCCAGUCGCACUUCAGGAGAGACGAUUUAUUGCGAAGUUUCCGGGAAACUUUGGUGCAGUCAUCAUGUUUUCCAACUCUGUCAACCGACAGUGCCUAAAGUGGAUCCAAGACAACAUCUCCACAACAAGUGAUGUGACAUGUGGUCUACAGCUGAAGGACUGCAUUCAUGGAUUUCUCAGUGAAACUCGCAGUUCUACAGGCACUGGCAUUGAACCAAACACUUUUGCCAAAAUUCUUCACCAUCACUUUCAUGGACAGUUCAAGAAACGUCGCCUGGGCAGUAAACGUAUUACCCACUAUGUUGGCUUGAAGUUUUUGCAUAAACCUAGCAAGAGCAAAGAAAUUUCUGAUAUUACCAUCAAACAAUGCACAGAUGUGGAGGAUAUUCCUACUCCAUGUAAGAGCUUCAAUGCAGACUGCAGGGAAUCAGUAUCCAGUGAGUCAUCAUCUCAAGCACACCUGCCACCAUUUGUCGAUGCAUCCACUGACUGUGAACAGACUUCAUCUGAGCAAGGACAUGGGACAUCCACCAGCGGUAUAAACAUAUUGGAUGAUAACACAUGCUUAAGCAAUGAAAAAGUUUUUAUUUAUGAAGUUGGAAUGGCUAAAGGGAAAGCUGCUGCCUUGCAGAAGUUCAUACUUUCUAAGGGUGGAGCAAAUGUUAUGUUUUUAGAUACCAACACGACAUGUAUUGCUUUUGAUAGAAAGGGUAUACUUGCAUCUCUAACUCCUCAGAUAGAUUUUGACAAACUGCGCAACUCUGGGAAACAGUUAUUCGACACAUCCUUACUUGAUAUCUCCAUACUAUCGAACAGUGGGCCACCUAGGCCAGCAGAAAGCAAACUGCCAAAUCCACAGACAAGAACACUCAAGUCACCAUUCGUAAAGGUUGAAGAUUUGUCAGGGAAGUAUAGGCCAUUAUAUAAAGAGUUCACGAAUAGGGAAUGGAGCACAUGUACAUCGUUGUCUUUCCUUCAUGGUAAUGACAAAAAUCCCAACAGGUCCACGUGCAAGAAGACAGGAAAUACCGUCACAAGAAAAUGUCCAUCCUACUGUGAGUGUUGCAAUGAACAGUACUAUGACCUCACAUUUCAUCUAAACUCUGAAAAACACCGUGCAUUUGUUAAUAAUCAGGAUAACUAUAAAACAUUAGAUGAGCAUAUUAAUGAAAAGCCAUUAAGUGCAUGGCUUUCAAGUCUGUGCCAGCAGGGUUCUCCCCAGGCUGUGGAAUAAUGGAUGAUAGCUGGCAUUCAUACUGCUAGCUUAGCUCUGAUAUGCUGAUUUUCAAAUUUAGGUUUUACUACUUCUGUUUGACAAGGAAACUAAAAGUCGAUUACUACAGUAGCCGAGAAAAUUCCCACACUUAGUCACGGAAAAUUUAUCUUCUUUUCUUUGAAAAUGCUUCUGUAGGUUGGAUUUCUUGGGUUCAGUAGCAUAGCUGGAGUUCUUAGUUGUUAGCUUCAUCCAGGUUACUGCAAUAUGCUUUAUCGCAAAAAAAAAAUCACCAGACCUCAUAUUGUUUGACAGUUUAGCACCUCCAGAUAAUAUAUGCUGAUAAAUAGCCUGGAUACCAGACCCUUGCUCUAAACUAUGGCCCUUUCACACUUAAGUAUAGCCCUUUCGCCCGAGAUGGUCACAAGUUGAGAGUUGGCACCCGAUUUCUAUU